AUGUUAUUUUUGAUUGCUGAAUUUUUUGUGUUGUUGCAGUUACGCUCUCACGAUCGUUGCCAUCGUGAUCCACCGAUAACACUGAGUCUACCACCCGUUCCGGUGAAAAAGCGUCGUGGUAGUGCAGCCGGAUCAGCAGAGCCGCAUGAAGCGUCGGAAGGACCGAGUGGUUGUUGCUUGGAUUCGAAUGGAGAAUUUGGCUCGGGAUCGGAGCUCUCGGAACAAGCGAGCAGCCCGCUUGGUGCUGCCGAAGUUGGGCCAAAAGACGACUGCGGCGACGACUCGAUCUCGAUGAGCACCUUCCCGUUGGCUUUGUCGUCGUCUGAGCCAACAACGACAACAGCAGUAAAAUUGGAGGAAUGCGAUGUGAAAUUUGAGCAGAACUACGUGGAAGUAUGUGCUCGAGAGCCGAAGUGUUCGAAUAGAAAUUGGACGUCGAGAUCAGAGCGUGAGGCGACGACUGACUUAACUAGGCAUCAGCAGAUGGCCGCAUCGGCACAAUUUGAGCGUGCCGAGGUCGCGAUGGGAGUGAAGCUUGAGCCAACAACAUUGAAGCUCUCUGAAAGUGCCAGCAGNGCUCGUCGACGACGAUGGUGCACCGAAACGAUCACCUGGAGGACGCAGCGGAUCAAUUUUUGUUUGACCGGAGGUUUUAUGUGCGCUUCGAUUCCGCGCUCCUAUUUGCAUGACGAGCCCGAUUCUGCUACUGCUGCUGCUCAACAAACGAGCGACGGAGCAUGUCAGCUGGCCUUGUCAGCGGGGCCUUAUUCGACAUCCUCUUUCGUGGCAUCGAACACUGCAGCAACAGCAGCAGCCUGCCAGAUUCCUUCAGGUAGUAAUUACGCAAAUAAUUGUGCGGCAGUGGCUUGUACGGGUCAUUUUGCCGCGGCCGGUUAUUCAGCCGAAAGUCAGCAGCAGCCGAAUGCACAAGGUUGUCUUCCGAUGGGUGCAUUGCCUCUCCUGGUGACAUCUCGAGAACGUCAACGUCCUUCUGUAGCCGUGGCAGCAGCAGCACACCAACAACAGCAACUGUGCGUUGCAGCUGAUCGUGAGCUAUGCCUAAGCCGUUCGUCUUCAUUAUGUGGCCUGUCCGGGCAAGAACUACGAUCUGGAUCAGCAAGCAGCUCAGGAGCAGCUCUAGAGAAUGUUCUAGCUCUAGAGAAGGCACAACGGGCGGAAUUUGGUCGACAUUCGACAAGUAGUUCAUCAGCAAGCCCAUGCUCAUCUUCGGCCUCGCCUUCGGCAUCGUCGGCGUGUACGUGCACAAGCGUGACCGUAACUGCUGUCACCCAUGGGAUGGCGAAGAGGGCGAUCAGCCCUGCCGCAGCUGCUCUGUUGAAACGCCGACAUUGUGUUGCUGCCGCAGCUGAAGUGUCGUCUUCGAGACGACUCUCCAAGAAACUGGUGCAGUCAUCCAGUAGCCACGAAUGUGUGCAUCCAGGCUGCCGCAAGAAAUACAGUAAAAGCUCCCACCUGAAGGCGCAUAUGCGGACACAUAGCGGUGAGAAGCCGUACUGCUGCAAUUGGCCAUCGUGUGGUUGGAAAUUUGCGCGGAGUGACGAGUUGACAAGGCACUAUCGAAAGCACACGGGUGAUCGACCGUUCAACUGCAGUCUAUGCGAUCGUGCCUUCUCAAGGUCGGACCACUUGAGUCUUCACAUGAAACGACACUCAAUCAACGCGCCCAGCUGUUCGUCUCCAGCUGCAGCAGCAGCCGUCACUGCAGGAGGCGGCGGGAUUCGUGGGAAGACCGGCAGAAUGGCGUUGUUGAACUGUGAGUUGGUUGGCACGAACGUGAUGGGGCAUUGCGUCUCGAGAUUGUUGACCAACUGCACGGUACGUGGAUCACAUCGGAGUGCUGACGAUUCUGUGGUGGUGCGAAGAGAGGAACUGAAAUUUUGUUUUUGCGUUGUUUGGCUGGAAAUGUUUCUGGAAGAAAAUAAUUUUGAUCAGUAUUUUGAUCAAUCGGAAAAUUGUUUGAUCAACUGGUCGCGGCAUUUACCUAGUAUUUUUCAUCAUUAG